AUGGCUCCAGCAACGCAGUACGAGCUCUCGCCGCCCCCCGGCGACGCGGUAUCAGCCAUCGCCUUCGCGCCCGUCUCAGGGACGAAGCUCCUCGUCUCGUCAUGGGACAAAAAGGUGUACCACUAUGACAUCUCCAACGGCCCCGAAGCUUCGAGCCUCGUCAACACAUACGAGCAUCGCGCCCCCGUUCUAGACGUCUGCUUUGGCGCGGACGACAAUGAGGCCUUUACCGCGGGCAUGGACUGGACGGUCAACCGCCUCAACAUUGAGACGGGCGAAUUGACCCCUCUGAGCAAGCACACGGCCCCCGUCCGCCGCGUCGUAUACAGCAAAUCGCACGGCAUCCUCGUCUCGGCCUCCUGGGACAGCACCCUCAACCUGCACAACCUCAACGACCCGUCCAGCAACCCCAUCACCAUCGCCCUGCCCGGAAAGCCGCAGGCCCUCGCCGGCAGCCCGACCAAGAUCGUCGUCGCCAUGACGGGCCGCAUCAUCAACAUCUACGACGUCAACGCCAUUGUCGAGCUCUUCCGCACCGGCGGCACCGACCUCAAGCCCUGGCAGCAGCGCGAGUCGUCCCUCCGAUAUCUCACCCGCGCGGUCGCCUGCAUGCCCAACGACGCGGGCUACGCCACCAGCAGCAUCGAGGGCCGCGUCGCCGUCGAGUGGUUUGAGGACACGGCCGAGUCGCAGGCCAGGAAAUACGCCUUCAAGUGCCACAGGCAGGCCGCCCCCGAUGGCGAUGGAGACAUUGUCUAUCCGGUGAAUGCGCUCGCGUUCCACCCCAUCCACGGAACGUUUGCGUCGGCCGGCGGCGACGGCACAGUGGCGCUGUGGGAUGCAGAGGCCAAGAGGAGGUUAAAGCAGUACCAGAAGUUCCCCAACAACGUCGCCGCCUUGGCGUUUUCGAACGAUGGGCGGUACCUGGCUGUUGGCGUGUGUCCAGGUUUUGAGACGGGGCAGAACGACUACAACGGCGCUGGACAGACGUCGGUCUUUAUCCGGGAGCUCGGUGAGAACGAGGCAAAGGGCAAAGGCGCCAAAUAA